AUGGAAGUGGGAAACCGCACCGUCCUGACUGAAUUCAUCUUGCUGGGCCUCUCUGCAGAACCCCGGUGGCAGCUGAUUCUAUUUGCAAUAUUUCUGACACUCUAUUUGCUAACCUUGUCAGGGAACAUGAGCCUGGUCAUCUUAAUCAGGAUAGAUUCCAAGCUGCAUACACCUAUGUACUUUUUCAUUGGCAGUCUGUCUCUUUUGGAUUUCUGGUACACCUUUGUAUAUACUCCUAAACUCUUGGCCAACUGUAUCUCAGAAGACAGGCGCAUUUCCUUGGCUGGAUGUGGGGCUCAGUUUUUCUUUUCCUGUUUUGCAGCCUACACUGAGUGCUAUCUCCUUGCAGCCAUGGCGUAUGACCGCCAUGUAGCAAUUUGCAAUCCAUUGCUUUAUUCAUCGGGUAUCAUGUCCUCUUCUCUCUGCAUGGGUCUUGUUGCUGGCUCUUACAUAGGAGGGGUUUUAAAUGCCGCAGCCCAUACUGCCAAUACUUUCCGGCUGAGUUUCUGUGGCAAAAAUAUCAUUGAUCACAUUUUCUGUGAUGUUCUACCCUUGAUAAAAAUUUCCUGUUCAGAUACUAGAGCAGCUGUGAUCAUCCUGUCCAGUAUGGUUGGCUUCACUGUCCUCUCCUGCCUUCUUGCCAUCCUCAUUUCAUAUUUCAACAUCCUCCUGGCCAUCCUGAGGAUCCGCUCAGCCUCAGGAAGAUUUAAAGCAUUUUCUACCUGUGGUUCCCACCUGGUCUCGGUCAUGCUCUUCUAUGGCUCCUUGCUCUUUGUUUAUUCGAGGCCUACUUCCAGCAACUCCCAGGAGUCAGACAAAGUGGCUGCCCUGUUCUACACCAUCAUCAACCCAUUGCUCAACCCUCUCAUCUACAGCCUGAGAAAUAAAGAUGUCAAAGAGGCCUUCAAGAAA